GAUGUCUGCCUCCUCUGAAAGUGAGGUAGAUGGGUUUUUGCUCAUUGAAACGUUGGCUAGGGAGCAGGGGUUGUAUGACCUGGAGGAUUCACAUGGUGCUUCGAGCUGGUUGGUGCCAGUCGACCCAACUAUGAUCCCGAAAAUGGUGAUACCUGGGGCUGAUCACCACAAGGUGCAGGUUGUGGAGGUUGAUGGAGAGGUGGACCCAAAAUUGAAGACUUCUGCUGAGUAUGUGGUACAGCUCCCUUCACCUGAUCGUAAUGAGGAGAUCGUGCUCACUCCGCCACUUGCCCCUGAGGGCGUGCACAGAUUCAGCAAGCGUAACGCUCGAAGCAUGCAAGAGAAUGUGGAAGCUAGAGCUGUGAGGGUGGCCAAUGAGAAAGAUGGGGCAGGGAAGAACACACGAAACAAACCUUAUGUGCCACGGUUGAAAUCAGCUGCUUAUGCAAUAAUGAUCACACUCUACAGGGAAAUGGAAAGAGGGAAGGAAUUUAUGAUGAGGCAAGAGCUUAUUGAUGCUGCUGAGGCCAGUGGUCUAUCAGAACAUGCAAUAGGCUCAAACAACAGUAGGAAUUCUCGGAAUGACGGUUACAGUUACACUGGAUGGAAUAGCAUGAAGAAGUUAACAAAUAAGGAUCUGGUUAAGAAAAAGAGUAAUCCUGCAAAAAAAAGGCAAAGAGACAGCUCGUGAUUGUCUCGCACGAUCUGGAUUGGACGGUCCUGCAGGACCUUUAACGGCGGCCAGUCAUCCUGCAGUUGUGCUCAGCGAUUGAGAUUCUGACGAAUAUGACGGCAGCAGUCCCCUGAUAGGUUCUGAAAGAAGUGGACUUCCAAACUCAAAAGCAGGCAGUUCCAGUUCCUUUGACAAUGGCGGUGCUACUAAUUCUCCUCUUUCAUCUCGAGGAAUGUUUGGACAGCAAUCGUUUAGUGCAAUGGCACACAUGACUUUCCCUUUCCGUACCCUUCUUUUUCAAAUGGAACAUAAUGCAACAUUUUCUUUUCUAACGUCAGGGUUCUGCUGAGAAGUCUUUACUUGUAACAUCCCAAAAUUCUAAAUUUUGGAAUGUUAUAAUAAAUAGAUAGAUUUGAUUGAUUGAUUGUUUGAUUGUGUGAAGUUGAGUGAAAUUCAAAACUUUUUAAAAGUUAAAUGAGAGGGAA